UUCGUCAGGCGUUCGGGGCGGCCAGCUCUCGCAUAGUGUUGAGUCGGUGUGUGACUGUGAACAGAAGCUCAAGCCAUGAAAGAAAUAACAGGGUAGCCCAGCGCUAGGAGCUUUUCUUUGGUCACCUCCACGUACAUAAGGCUCCUCCUGCCGUUAUAUUAAUACGCCUUUAAUGUACCCCUGGUCGUGGUAACGGCACAAAUUUUUGACUGCGAUAAAGUGUCAAUGUGCGUCGUUUUGCAUGUUGCUGCUAGCUAAAUAACUUAGCCACCACUGUGAGCUAGCCCGUUCUACGUCUAUGUAUACAAGCCUUGAAUAGGAUAUAACUUUACCUUGUUUCUUUUAACACUAAAUAUAUCGUAUAUAACAACUCAACCACGCUUAUCCUUACGUCUCUAGCUUCGAUCGGGUCAUUUGGUCCAAUGAUCCAUCGUGCCAAUACACUAAACUAUUUUCUAUCUCAACGCUAGUGUUUAGCCGGUAUCCCUUCUAGUCCAAGAGUCGCAACGUUAGCAGAGCGGUGUAGCGGAGUCCUCAUUGCACCGGCUAUAAAUAUACGAUUCUGAUUCCUGCUCGGCGCCACACCAAAAGUGGUGGGUUAGGUGAAUUUCGCUUGUACUAGGACUUUUCUUGCACUCUACAUGGUCGCAGCAGUGAGUUCAAGACGAUCGGAAGAGCGAGUCGGGACCCGAGGUUGUGAGCCAAGCUGGCCUGACAACUAUACCGGCUGGUUGGCGUUUACAUCGGCUUCAGCAAGUAAACGCAGCCGACUGUGGUCGCUUGCCGGUCGAAUAUUAACUGGAAUCCAUGGCCGUGUCCUAUAACGAGUAAUUACAUCCUCGUUGGGGAACCUAAGGCAGGACUAUCUGGAGAAACUUUUAGAGGUCAACGUCAAGCAGUUUGUUAUUAUUGUAAAUCCUAUGAGAUCGCCAGACAAGCCCGGCAGGGACCAUUGAAACGCAACCAUGUCGGAGGAUAAUGCAGACAAAUUCAUCAAGGAAACAUCCAUUCUGGAGGAAUACAACAUCAAUUGGACCCAAAAACUGGGAGCUGGCAUCAGCGGGCCCGUGAGAGUUUGCGUGAUGAAAUCCUCUCAGGAACGCCUUGCCCUCAAGAUACUUAUUGAUCGCCCCAAGGCCCGGAAUGAGGUCCGUCUUCACAUGAUGUGUGCUAGUCACCCAAACGUGGUUCAAAUCCUAGAAGUUUAUGCCAACAGUGUCCAGUUCCCCCAUGAAUCAAGUCCAAGAGCAAGGCUACUAAUCGUUAUGGAGAUGAUGGAAGGGGGGGAGCUAUUUCACAGAAUCAGCCAACACAGACACUUUACAGAGAAGAUGGCCAGCCAGGUCACUAAGCAGAUCGGCGAGGCGUUGGAACACUGUCACUUCCUGAAUAUUGCACACCGGGACCUGAAGCCAGAGAACCUGCUCUUCAAGGAUAACUCUCUCGACGCACCGGUGAAGUUGUGUGACUUUGGCUUUGCCAAGAUCGACCAGGGCGACCUGAUGACUCCUCAGUUCACUCCGUACUACGUAGCACCUCAGGUACUUGAGGCUCAAAGAAGACACCAGAAAGAGAAGUCUGGAAUCAUACCUACCUCACCCACUCCCUAUACCUACAAUAAGAGCUGUGACUUGUGGUCUCUGGGGGUGAUCAUCUAUGUGAUGCUCUGCGGCUACCCUCCCUUCUACUCCAAGCACCACAGCCGUACCAUCCCUAAGGACAUGAGGAAAAAGAUCAUGACGGCCAGCUUUGACUUCCCAGAGGACGAGUGGAGCCAGAUCUCAGAGAUGGCCAAGGAUAUUGUUCGCAAGCUGCUGAAGGUGAAGCCAGAGGAGCGACUGACCAUCGAGGGAGUCCUGGCUCACCCCUGGCUCAACUGCACCGAGGCGCUGGACAACGUGCUGCCCUCUGCCCAGAUGAUGAUGGACAAGGCGGUAGUAGCAGGUAUCCAGCAGGCGCACGCGGAGCAGUUGGCCAACAUGAGGAUCCAGGAUCUCAACGUCAGCCUGAAGCCUCUGAACUCCGUGAACAACCCAAUCCUCAGGAAACGAAAGCUGCUCGGCCCCAAGCCCACUGAUGGUAUUUUCAUCCAUGACCCUGAGAAUGGAGAAGACUCAAACGUAGCACUUGAAAAACUAAGAGACGUCAUCGCUCAGUGUAUACUACCGCAGGCUGGGGAGAAUGAGGAUGAGAAGCUGAAUCAGGUAAUGUACGAGGCCUGGAGGUUCAACAGAGACUGUAAACUACUGAGAGACAGUCUACAGGGGCUCAGCUGGGACGGACGGGCCUUUUCUGACAAAGUAGACCGCUUGAAGUUGGCUGAGAUAGUAAAACAGGCAAUCGAAGAGAAGACAAACCUUGAAGAAGCUCAUUAGGAACUGUCUUUAUAUCGCCCUUUUUUAUAUGGUUUGUUAAGCCUUUUUAACCAAGAAGUGUCAUUUUUUUUAUGUAUAUUGACAAGCUACUGUGUCUUUUUUUUUCUCCACGAAUUCAUACAAUAUUCACAUAUUGUACAGCUGCAGAUAUAUUUCAAGGUGGAAACAUUGGUACUAUAAAUCUUUUUAAUGAACAACGGCAAAGAACAUGGAGAUAACAAAUCUAUAUUUUUGUUUUUCAAAAAAAUGGAAACCUUUAAAGAAUUCAAAUCAACAAGAAGUUAUUUUCUGGGAGGAAAUUUUUACUACUUGUCAUGUUCCCUGUCAUUUUAUUUGGUUAUAUUUUAUUUCUUUUAACUAUUCUAUGAAUAUUUAUUUAUUUGACGAUAUAAUUCCAUUGUUUAAUCUUUCUUUUAGGCCGGAAGAAGGCUAUAGACUACAAAACUACUUUUUAGUUCACUCUUCCAUACUCCUCCUCCUGGAUUGCUUUUGAAUUGUUUGAAUUAUUGUUUUAUUCAUAUUUUCUCUAUAAACUAAACUCAAAACUUAUAACCAAGUUCCAGAACCGUGAACGAAUAUUUUCAAGGGAAAUGAAAAGGUGGACUGUAAUUCAAAAAUUAUUCCAACGCAGCCGUAAUAAAUUAAUUUCCCUCUCUGGAACAUCCGUGUUCAUAACAAAACAGCAAAACAUAACAAAAUCUAAAUCUUAAACUGAAACUGUAAACUAAGUCACCUGGCUGUUACCACCUGAUAGGUAACUACAAUGUUGACAUGGUUGAGGCCUGUCGUAAGGUCUCAUUCUCACUCAUGUCUAAAGUUCUAGUUUUUCCAUGUGUUGAAACUGCUCCGCUCUCCUAGUGUUGGAAGUAUGAGUAAAAAAAACGAAGAGACAAAACAAAAGUGAUCCAAGAUGAAGAGUUCCAUGCCAAAUAAGAUCUAAUUUUAUUUUAUUUACUUGAUUAAGCUUUUCAAGUUGAUCAUCUUGACAAUUUCAAUUUGUUUUCAAGUGUGAUUUGUGUAAAUAAGUUGAGAUAUUUAAGUGUCUGUUCUGGAAGGUUUUUUGUUCAUUGUAUUUAUAAUCUCAGUCAGAUGGCUGCUGUUAAGAUCACCUGGGAUGCUUUACUUUAGUUGAACGUACUAUUUAGUGAAAUUCAGCAGUUGUCUGGUUUGCAUCUGGGAAAAACCAAAAGGAACUACCUGCUCUAAUGUACUUGUCAUGGUCCACUUCAAACUAAUGAACUGGUAGCUUAUUUAUAUCUACAGUUAAAAAAGCAUUCUGCCAGUCAAGAGCCAAGAAUUGAUCACAAACUAUAUGCACAACAAUACAUAGCUGUAAAAAGAUUAUUCUGUCUAUCCCCAGCCGGAGAAGGCAUUGAGUUUCAUUAUGUCAAUGCAGUUUACUCUUGUCAGCUUCACGGUGUUCUUGAAAUCACUUAGCAAUAGCAUCUGCCUGAGCUGCUAAAUGUGCAAUAGUUACAUGUAUUGUUCAUAGUGCAUGCAUGUACAUGUUGGAUUUCUAUGAAGUAUGUUGUCAGUAUUAAUGACCGAGCCGGUCCUUCCCUGGUUAAUGUCCUUAACUUCAUUAGUGGGUUUAACUCAACCCCAGAGUUGUAGCAGACUCACCAUAUCACUACACGUUUCUUUCGCCCGUUCUGAUUGGCUGUCCUUUAGCAGAGUGGUCAAAAGAGGAAAUUGUUAUCAGCCUGAGGCCAUGUGGAAUGGGUGGUAGAGAUAACUCUAAAAUUGUUCAGAAAAUGUGAUUAGACGUACUUUGUAUUUGAAUCUUUUCUGUAUUUAGAGAUCCACCUUCGUUUAUUGAGAAUCCCCUUGUUUUUUGUGUACAUCUUGAUAUCCUUCUAAGCCAGAAGGAAACUGCUGUGAGAUCUACAUCUCCUUACAUGACCCCCAGGCACUGAGGCCUUCAGUGACAUGUCACGUCCUAAUGGGGUUUAAGACAAGCAAACGUCAAACUCAAAUGUUUGUAUGCGUUUGCCUUGUGUCAGUCAUUGUUUCAUUCCACCUCCUGUAGAACAUGGCUGAUGCAACUCAGAAUUUGUAUCGUUCGGAGCAUCGUAUGGGCCGGUUUGUUUCAAAUGAAUUCUUAAAGGCUCAGAAAGCUGUUUAUUUUCAUUCUUUCUGAUUUACUAAUUUGUUCAGUUUCUUGUGCGGCAUGGCCUUGGUAAAUGGUGAUGUUUCUCAGGCCAGUAAAGCCACUGAACAACCACACCGUGCCUUGUUAAUCAUGGGAUAGGGUUAAUCCUGGAGAGGUACUGUCUCAAAAAACUACUUGACAAAAGUGAUCCCAUCCAAUCAUUUUGUGCAGUGAUUGAGAUAACUCACAACAGAGAUAGGUGUGUAUUACGGAAUACAGGGAAGUACACCUGGAGGAAAUGUGCUUUGUUCCUCCUUACUGUUGAAUUUAAUUGACUUUUUUGUUUUUGGUGAGUCCCAUGUGUGUCUGUUUGUGUGUGUGUGUGUGGUCCCUAAUGACCAAGAAAGCAUGACACAUUUUGUCAUUUCUAUAUGUAGCUUACUUCCGUGUGGGGGGGCUUUCAAAGUGAAUCAAAACUGCUUCCUGAAUCGACAAUGUUGAAGGGAUAUCCCCCCCCAUAACCGAAGAGGAAAGCGGAUGGUGUGUUGUAUUUAUUGAUACACAAAGGUGUGAGCUGGCUGGCAUUCAGUGUAGCUGCUUCGCCUAUAGCACCGUAUCCAUCUGCAUGGUUCACUGAUCAGCUGCUAGUUUAUUCGGCCGCUAGAUUGAUGUUGUGGCUAGGUCCGAUCUGUGUUCAGGGCCUUGACUGGCUAGGCCUAGGCCAUGGCUUCCUAUCUGAACAUGACCUGGUUUUAAAAAACACAAAGUAGCUCUUUGUCUUGUGUUCUGUCCGCUACGGGUAGAAAGUGACUUGAGCUGUUACUGCCAGGGAUGUACAUGAGUUAAGUAGGCCCAUCCUCAAUAGUGACCUCUUGAUACAUUUCUGUCUUUUAUUACAGCAGACCUCGGUUCAUAUAUAUUGGGCGCUGUUGCCUCAUCUUCCUUUGCCCGGCACUUGUACAAAAAGGCUUGAGAGAAAAUAAUUAACAUUUCCCUUGUUGAAUCUUUCUGUAGGAAGCUGUUUAAGUAAGGCAGUUAAAUUCAAAGUAAUUAAGUCAAAUUCAAAAUAGGUGUAUACAUUGGUUCGGUUAAUAUGCUGUAGCGGGAAACCACUUUGAAGUAUCGUCUUUUUCUUUCAUGAUUCAGAUAUGUUCUUGUUUUCCAGUUAUGUAGCAUGUUUUGUAUCUGAACCAAUCAAGAACACGAUGUACUUCCGUCCGCAUCUUUCUCUUGCCCUUUCUGCCUUCUUAGAAAUGUCAUCAUGCUGAAUUUGUAAUAAAGGACAAGUUCGGAUUUUCUAAAUGA